UUAACUCAAGUCCUUUCGUUUUCACCUACCUGCGGUCUUGACCGACUGUUACUGCGUUACUCGCCCCGCCGGGCAUACUGAACUGGACUUCUUGGCACUUGACUGAAGACUCCCAACGACUCUUCGCCUUUCUCGAAUUUGCCCCCCCCAACGUGCAUGAUCAUCGGCAUCCCUCCGCUUUAUGUCGAGAAUGCCCGCCCUACUACUCCCCAACACAGCGUCGCCUUUUGCGCCUCGGUCUUCGCCGACCAUAGUUCUGAACACCAAGGUCGAUCCGUGGUUAACGGCUACGCUCAAGCGCAUCAACCGGAUCAAAAGAUCACUGAACAGCGUUCCCCAGCACAUGAAAUGUCUCACCGAGACGCUUUCCCAGCAAUCCGCAAUCUGGAAUCUCUGCACGUUGAUGGUGCCCAAAGCCCCGGCAUCGCAACUUGACAGGCACGACAACCCGUUGGUUGAGGCUUUCGCCCGGUUCGAGCUGCUGCACGUUCAGGCCUAUGUGGUGCAUAUCGACUUGGUGCUGUCCCACGAGGUGGCAUUCAAGCUGACGAAAGACACCAUUGACGAUCUCUGCGAAUACCACAAGGACAUAUACCUGGUCGAUCAGACGGACACGACAUGGCCGUGGACCGAGAAGGAAGCGCAGGUGAAGAAGCUGCACGACGAGUUCCAUCAGGCGGUCAACAAAUAUGUGUACCGGACGGAUGCGAUCGCCUUGGAAGGGCUGGAGGACGACGGAGCGGGAGAGUUGCUCUGUGGACGCAGCGAGGAUGUGAAGGCGCAGGUUCUAGCGCUGUUCUACCCGCUCAUGCCGCCACCGCCACGAGUUGUCGACGUUGUGCGGCCAGUUGCGCAGAUGCUGCCAAGCAACCCCGGAAACUGGUGGAACCCUUCGCCGGUGCCUUCGAAUGCGCCCCCUCCGCCUCCCGUUGAGUCCUGGAAGAUUCUGCCGUCAAGUCCCAUCGAGGACAACUCGCCUGUUUCCAGCUCUGGAGGAUUCCCGACAAUCUGGGGCCCGACCACUGGCUAUGACAUGCCCGUUACCUGCUCUCCGGGACCGCAGUACACUCAAGCGCCUACAACCCUCUCCAUGUCGAUCCCGCAACUGCCGCUACCCAGUAUGGUGGCUCAGCAGUGCAGCGUGGGAAGCGGAUUUGGAGGGUUUGGCUGGGACCGCUACCAGGACUACGGUGCGACGAUGUGACUAGCUGGCGGUUCCCAGGAGCGAGGACGAGACGAGUGCGAUCAGUAUGGGCAGGGGAAUUUUGGCGGCCAAGACGACGGGCGAUAAGCACGGAGCAACAAAGGGACGAAAUUGACGAUUUCCAUGCGAUGAUUUCUCGACUAUUAAAUCACUACCAUACGCGGCGCGGAUCACCUCAACAACGAAACUAAUGGCCAU